UACAGACCAUUUUUUUGGUUUUAUUUUUUCCACUUCUCAAAAAGUUUUUUUUUUUUUUGGGUUGCAAGAGAAGUGAAGCUAGAAUACCCAUCUUUUUGUGGUCUAACUUUAAUUUUUUUUCCAGAUUUUUUUGCAGCAAUGGUGGCAGAUGCAGUGAAUCAAGUUGAGGGGGCUCAGCAAGGUGCCUCAUCCAUGAUUAGCUCAAAGUUGGAAACUGUGGCUACUCAGGGAAAGGCCCCGACUUGUCUUGCCAAUGAAAAUGUGCUUAAGGCUAGGAAGCCUUAUACCAUUACAAAACAGAGAGAGAAAUGGACAGAGGAAGAACACCAGAGAUUUCUUGAAGCCUUAAAGUUGUAUGGCCGUGCUUGGCGCCAAAUAGAAGAAUAUGUUGGAAGCAAAACUGCAAUUCAGAUUCGUAGUCAUGCGCAGAAGUUUUUCGCCAAGAUUGCUCGAGAUUCAGGGAAUGAUGGUGAUGAAUCCCUAAAUGCGAUUGACAUACCUCCUCCUCGGCCAAAGAAGAAACCUCUGCAUCCAUACCCUCGCAAGAUAGCUGAUUCUUCUGUAGCUAACAAGGCAGUUUCAGGUCAGCCUGAAAGGUCUCCUUCCCCAAAUGCAUCAGGAAGGGACAGUUGUUCUCCAGAUUCAGUUUUGCCAGCAAUUGGUUUAGGUGCUGCUGAAUAUUCAAUUGCUGAGCAGCAGAACUCUCGCUUUUCACCAGUCUCUUGUACUACGGAUGCACACACUGCAAAUGUAAUUUCUGUGGAGAAUGAUGAUGAAAGUAUGAGCUCAAACUCCAACACCGUGGAGGAAAUCCAUGUUGCAUUAAAACCAGUAGCUGCUAGUACCAGCCCGAUUACCAAUUCUGAGUUCAUGGAAUGUGCUAUAGUUCAUAUGGAGAAUUCAUGUAAUGGUGAAAAGCUAGCUGUUGAACCACCUUCAGCAAGUAUCAAGCUGUUUGGAAAGACGGUUUUCGUACCAGAUGCCAAUAACCUUGCUCCGCCUGCUCUAUACAACGCAGAAAAGGAAAUCGAGAUCAGCAAUGAAGAUGUACUUCAUGCAUUCCAAGCUAACCAAGCAAAUUCACCGUUUAUACUUGCCAUGGUUCCAGGGAAUAUGAUUCCACCAGCUUCUUGGUCGUCACAAAACAUGCUUGAAAACAAUCCUGAGAGUACUGCAGCCUUCCCUGCAGCUACAAUUUCUUGGUGGUCCUGGUACCAAGAUCUCAUAUAUCGAUCUAUCUCAUCGUGUGGCCAAACAGCCAUGGAGACUGCUACUCAUUGUCAGAGACCAAAAGAUGAAGAACCUCAAAGAGAGGGAUCAUCGACUGGUUCAAGCAUUGGCUCAGCUAGUGAAGUUGACGAUGGAAACAGGAGUUCUGAAACAGUUGAGUCCAAAUGUACAACCAAGAGCAAGGGAUUUGUACCAUACAAAAGAUGUUUAGCAGAGAGGGAUGGCAAGUCAUCAGGAGCUGUUUUAGAAGAGAGAGAAUCUCAAAGGGUCCGCGUGUGUUCAUAGCACUUUUUUGGUACAGUUUCCUCCUGACCAGUCAGAAGUUCUGGUGUGUUUAGGAGUCUUAGGUCUGCAGAUAAUCUAAUUCAGGAGGUCCGCGACACUCUUCAACUUUUUAGCUUUGUCAACAUUCUUUUGGUUUCCGUUCAUAUUUUUCAGCUGCACACGAAACUGAGUUUGCUGCCAAAAAACACGCAGCUGCAAUUUUUCCUAUCAACUGAUCGUGCAGCAGUUGUUCUGUAUCAUACUCAUUGUAACUUUCUUCACAGUGUUUCAACUCUCUAAUGAUGCCACUUUUAUGUUAUCUAAAUACAACCAAAUAUCUCUUGUUU